AUUUUGUCUAUAAAAUACUAUGGCAUACAGGCUAGCAUCAAAUUGAUUGUAUUAUUUACUAAUUAUUUUUCCGUAUGUAGAUUGCAUUUUAUCCACUCUGCAGAAUUUGGAGUUACGUUCAUGUUUGUGAAUAUUGGCCCUAUGACUGUGAGGACAGCCUACUUUGUGGGCUGUUGGAGAGAUGAAUAGGGUGGUGCAGGAGGGUGGUGGUGCAUCAAAGACUAAAGAUCUCACCAGUAGUGAAGGAUCUAGUUCUGAUAGUGAUUCAUCAUCACAGUCAGAUACAGAGUUCUCAAUAUCAAAGUCGGAUAACUCACAGUUCAAGUUCAAAAUAUCUGCAAGGAGGAGGAGUUCAGCAUCAUCUUUCAAACUGUCUGACGAGGAAGAUUACACUUUGCCCGAGGGGGCAGCCAGUAGUGGUGGAUCUGCAAGGACAUCAUACUUCAAGUAUGAUAGGAAGAAGAAAGCCGAAGAUGGGGUACCAGAUUCUGGAAUGUUCAAUCAGAUGGGUUUGCCAAACACCUCGACUGAAGCAAGCCAUACAGCAGAUGUUAAUAAGUCCUUGAGUAGUUAUACAGGAGAAACAAGUAAACCUGAAACUAUUAAAUCUACUUCGCAUGAUUAUCAGAAAGUCAGACAUGAAGCAGUUUCUGUUGAAAAUUUACCUUCUAAAGUAGUGAACAAUGCAGAAACUGAUCUCACAAAGAUUAGAGAAAAAACAAAAUGUUUAGUCUUUGAUAGAUCCUCUUCAGUUGAUAACAAUUUAAAGCAGUCUGAUUCAGUGAGUAAGGAAAAAAGUAUUAUGAAAAUUCACAGUAAAUAUGGUCCUACAACAGUAAAUAGUAGUGCAGAACAUAUUAUAUCUGGCUCACAUGGCAAUAUAUUUGAAAAAAUAUCUGCCCUCUCAACAUCAGCAUCAAAUGGUCCACAGAAGGAAUCAGUCAUGCAAGUUAAAAAAAGAGGACCUGGUCGACCACCAAAAUCAGGAAACAAGUCAAAAUCCAAUGUACCUCUGGUUUCAAAGAGGGGUUUUGGUAGACCAAGAAAAAGCACAGUUCAUGCAGAUGAACAUUUGGCAAGUCAAACAGUUCAUGAUCAUCUGUUCAAUAUUGACAGUAUUCAAUCAAGUGUAUCACCAGACAGUGGUAUCCAAUCUGUUGGUGGGUCACCUUUUGGUGUUGAAGCUAUAGAGAGUAGGGUUAGUUUAACAUCACAUCAAAACAAUAAAGUUUAUCUCAGUAGUGUGCCAUACAGCAGUAGAUUGGGUAUAGAUGUGUCGGCCAUACCUACAACAACAUCAAGCAUAUCACCCGCCUAUUCUUGUUCAUCCUCUGGUUCUAAUAAUGUCAGGACAGAAAGUGAAAAAUCAUUAGAACUGUUCUCUGGUGCUAAUUAUUCAUCCUCAUCUCCUGCGUCGAGUAGUUCUCCAUCUCCUGGAAAAAAGAAAGGGAGGGUUAGACCCCCUAAGCAAGCUGAAUUUUUAAGGUUGCAUAAAAGCAGUACGUUGCUUAAUCAGGGAAAGGUGCCAACACAGAUUGAAAUACCAAAGUCAUCAGAAGGGGAAUUUAAUUUACCAGUGGAAAUGCCUGAACUUUCACCAGAAAUGUUGACUUUAAUGGGCAGGUCUCCAACAGCUAAAUUAUUAGGAAAAGACCUUGUAAAGCCACAAGUGUUUAAAAAUUUCAUUGCUAAACAGAUAUCCAGUAAAGCAAAGGCGUUUUUUGGCAGUGUGAAAAAGAGAGGACCAGGCAGACCCAAAGGCUCUAAAAAUAUAAAGAACAGAUCUACAAUGUUUAACAAAUUAGAUGGCAUAAAGAAAAAGCGAGGGCCUGGUCGACCACCAAAAAGUUCAUGUUUUAAAAUGAAAAGAGGACCAGGACGUCCAAAGGGAUCACCAAACAAAAAGACUUUGAUUAAACUGCAUGAACUAAAAAAGUAUAAAAAGUCUUUUUACCCAAUGGAUGUAUACGAUUUUAGUACUGCACCAGAUUUUGGUACUAUACCAGAUUUGCCGGAUGAUGAGGAAUAUACUUACCACUGUGCUGGAGAUUUUCAUACACGAAUAAAACAUAUGAAAGCAAAAACCAGUUUCAUGAAAAAGGCCAAGUCCAAAUAUGGAAGUUUUUUCCAUAAGGAAAAAAUAAAGAAAAAACGUAAACCAGGUAGACCUCCAGGCAGGCCAAGAAAGAUUAAACCAGUUGUUGAGGAAAAGACAAAAGAGUCUCACAGUUUGAACAAUUAUGAAAAAUUGUGUGAUGCAGCGGAUUUGGAUUAUAUUAUGCAAAGUGUCAAUGAUGUAACUUCAAAUUUUCCCAACUCAAAUUUAGCAGAUCUUAAUGAAUUCAAUUUGGAAGAUGAUUUAGAAACAAUAGUUCCCGCUAUUUCUUCUGAACCUCCUUUACAUGAGGAAAGGGCUUUGCCUAAAAUAAGAAAACCAAAACUCCAUGUUAUGAUGAGGAAAGAUAAACAUAGAAAAAGGAAGAAGAAAAAAAAUUAUAGCACUUUACCACAAAAAAGUGGCAUUUUUCAAUGCAAUAGGGUAUAUUUUCCUUCGAAGUUUAAACUGGCAAGUCCUAAAUCUUCCUUAGGUCUUGUAGAUAAAUCUAGUAAUCUUCGAACAUCUAGAAGUUCACUAGAAUCAAAUGGCAGCACCAGUAGUGUUCAGAGUUCAACAUUUGUUCCUCGGAAAGAUAUACUACGAAAAAUGCAACUUAAAAGACGUAACAAGUUAUUGCAUUUCAAAUCAAAGCACAAAAAUAUUGUUGACCCUGUGUUCAUUUCUGACUUGGAAUAUGUUGUUGAUAACUUUCAUUUGCUUGCCAUAUCAAACCCAGAGAAAAAUUUUAUUCGUGUCAAACCAGGUGAAGUUCCUCUUCCCAGCAUUUUUAAAAUACCAAUCAUUAGUGUAAGUAAGAAGAAAGAAUUAAAAUCAAACAUGGUGUUUGAAAUUGAGAAAAUAAAAAAAUCGAAAACCAUUCAUAGAGACUUUAGUUAUAUUGAAAAGUGGAUAAGAAAUGAAAAGUUGAAAGGAAUACGUAAGAAAAGCUUCUCAGAGGAACAAUCUCCAACAAGCUCAGACGAUUCUGUAAUUUGUAAACAGCAGUGUUUGCCACCAAAGAAACGUCACAAACUGUUUAACUCUGAUGACCCAUGUUAUAGUGAUGCCAGCUAUGAGCAAGAGGAUGGCUUUAGAUCUCAAGAAAGGAAAAAGCCUGGAAGACCAAGGAAAAAUCCAGUUCCGUUAGUCUCAUUCAGACAAGAGAAGAAUAAAGGAAAGCAAAUAGCAAUUGUGACUCCUCAUGUUUCAACUGACUUUGAAAAGAGCAAAAAGUUUACUAAGGUAUUGGAAGAGGUGAAAGCUACAAUAGUAGAACAGUCAGUCCUUGAGAACAAAGCAGUGUUAGAAGUAAGUACUAUUUUAUCUUUGCCAAAAGAUUUAGAAGAGGAGAACAUUAUUGUUGCAACAACUCAAACAAAAUGUUCAGAAUGUGGACAACCAGGGCCAGUACAACCAAAAAGAAGGGGUAGAAAACCAAAACAAUUGUCAGCAGAAUCUAGUCUCAAUACUUCUUCGGCCAUUGCUACAAAAAUCAAACGUAAACUCUUCAAAAAGCGUGGGGUAAGGAAAAGAAAAGUUGGAAGACCAAGAACUAAACAUCUGACACAAGUGCUUAAUAUUAAACCUAUCUUGUCAGACGAUAUUGUCAAUGAUGUUGAACCAUGUGUUAAUUCUGAGAUUGUGGAAAAUGAAUCUGAGUGCAAUAAGACAACAUAUAAUAAAACCAUUGAAUCUGUGAUAAGAACUGUGUGUUCUGAGUCUGAACCCCUGCCAGCAUUGACAGAACUAGAUAAUGAAAUGCUCGGACUGGAUAGUGGAGAUGAUGAACCAGUCAGAAAAAGACGAAAAAGUGCUAAAACCAGUGUAAUAAUUAGUGCUGAUGUAGUGAAAGAAGACAGUCAGUUCAAAAAGACAGAUGGGCUUCCAAAGAAGAAAAAUUACCAAAAAGCUGGACUGUAUUCAAAUGCAUAUAAAGAGGAGGAGGAACCAAAGAAGAAGACAGGAAGCUCACAGAGAAACAGAGAAAAGGUUGGGUGUCUACUGUCACCUCCGCUCCAUGUGGGCAAAUAUCGUCGUGAGGCGAUGACAGAUUUCUUACUACCAUACGAUAUGUGGUGGCUACAUGUUAAAGACCUGAUACCAAAAAAAGAAGAUGUGUAUGGAAAAUACAAGAAAAUAAGGAAUAAUGUUCAUGUUGAUAUCAAACCUGUAUGUCCGUACGAACCACACCCUUGUAAUUGUAAAAGACCACAAACGGAAAAAGAAUUAGGCUGUGGAGAUGAUUGUUUGAAUAGGUUAGUUUUCACAGAAUGUUCACCAUCAGCUUGUCCAUGUGAUGACCAAUGUGCCAACCAGAGGAUACAGAAACAUGAUUGGGCUGGAGGUUUGGAUGUGUUCAUUACUGCUGACAGAGGCUGUGGAGUUAGGGUAUCAGAGAAAUUAACUGCUGGUCAGUUUAUUCUGGAAUACCUUGGAGAGGUUGUGAGUGAGCUGGAAUUUAAGAGAAGAAUGACAGAAAACUAUUCUCAGGAACGACAUCAUUAUUGUCUAAAUCUAGACAGUGGUGCCAUGAUAGACGGGUAUAGAAUGGGCAACAUUGGUAGAUUUGUCAACCACUCAUGCAAACCUAACUGUGAAAUACAGAAAUGGAAUGUAAAUGGUGUAUACAGAAUGGCUUUGUUUGCUUUGAGAGACAUUGAGUCUGGAGAAGAGUUGUGUUACGAUUAUAAUUUCCACUCAUAUAACAUGGAUUCUCAGCAAGAUUGUAUGUGUGGCAGUGAAAAUUGUCGAGGAGUAAUUGGAGGAAGAAGCCAAAGAAGCAAUGGACAUGUUAAAGAGAAGGUGACACCACUGCGACCUGUAGGCAGGCCUCCAAAGGAUAAAAGGAAAUCCAACAACAAACUGAAAAAGUUCAGGGAAAAGCAGAAACAAGCCCAGGAAACUAUUGCUGCAACAUUUCCUGUAAUAAAACCAAUAUCAAACAAAGAGAGGACAAUGGCCAGGAAAUAUUCUAUCUUCCUUGUAAGAAACUUAGACAAGGUUAGACAACUGAGAACAAGAGGUCCAAUGACAGAAUGUGAGAAGGAAGAAAGUGAAGAACUAGUUAAAUCUACUGCCUGUAAAAAGAGAGAUGUAUUUAUAACCCAGCUAACUGCAUUGAAAACCUCUAGAUCUGUUAAGACCAGACGUCUAGCUUUAGCUGAAGAGAAUUCAGAAUUGACCCAAACUGCCAGACUAGCACAGAUUUUACAUCAAAUAUUAAAAAAUCUAGUCUCUUCCAAAGGUGAGGAUGGAAAGGAGCUGGCUUCAUUCCUGACAUUACCUUCAAAGAAGAAGCAUCCAGAAUAUUACACAGUUAUAGAGAAACCUAUUGACUUUCAUGUUAUAGAGAAACACAUAUCACAAGGAAAAUACACAGACUUAAAGGAGUUUGAUAAUGAUGUUAAUCUGCUGUUUAAAAAUGCAGAGAGAUAUUGUGGAAAAACAUCCUGGGUUGGAAAUCUGAUAAUAAAGUUAAGACAAGUGUAUAUUGGUUCAAAGACGGAAGUACUACCUCUUCUUGAAGAUGUUUUAGGAGAAACAGUUCAAUCACUAGUGUCAGAAGCAGACUCUUAUGAUGUCCAGGAUGAAAAAGAUGAAGAGGAUGAGGAAGAGGUGAUUCGCUGUGUCUGUGGUAUAUUUAGAGAUGAAGGUCUGAUGAUACAGUGUGAAAAAUGUUUUAUAUGGCAGCAUUGUGAUUGUAUGAAGGUGAAAGGAGAUGUAGAGAAUUAUUUAUGUGAACUCUGUAAUCCACGACCUGUCAGUAAGGAAAUUAUAGCGGAUCCCCAGCCAGAGGAUGGUACACCAGGAUGGACAUAUUAUAUGACAUUAAUGAGAGACGAGUUACAAGUACGAGUAGGAGAUUGUGUGUAUGUACUCAGGGAUGUUCCUAUGUCUAAAGACAUCAGUGUGGAUAGUAUCAAAACUUCAUACAAACUGGUGGCAGAGAUCGGUCAUGAUAAACUGGAAAUCUUCAGAAUAGAGAGAUUGUGGAAAGAUGGAAACCAAAAUAAAUUUGCCUUUGGACACAACUUUUAUCAUCCGCAUGAAACAUUCCAUGAACCGUCCAGGAAGUUCUUCCCUAAUGAAGUGUUCAGAAUGCCUCUUUACGAAAUGAUCCCUUUGGAAACAAUUAUUGGCAGCUGCUGUGUAAUGGAUCUGAAUACAUACUGUAAAGGUCGUCCCAAGGUUAUGAGGGAACAAGAUAUAUAUGUUUGUGAAUACAGACUGGAUAAAACUGCUCAUCUAUUUUACAAGAUCUCAAAACACCCGUACGCCAUCAAUACCAAGUCAUAUUGUUUUGAUAAAUUUCCCCAGAGACUAAACCCAAAGCGAACUUAUUCACCUCAUGAAGUACCUGAAGCUUAUAAAACUAAAAUAAGACCAGAAAAACAAAUUCUUGAUUCAAGUUCGGCAUCAAGAAAAAAGAAAAGAUUAAGUCUGAAAGGGAAAGCUAAAGACCCAAAAGUUCUGCAGCAGGAAGAAGAACAGUAUCAAAAGAUGGAGGCUCAGAAGGUUAAAGAAAAGAAGAACAGAAUAGACAGAAUAAUGUUGAAGAUGUUAUCAACUGUCCACAGUAAACAGAGAAUAGAUUUGUCAUAUUUAUUAGACUGUAAACGACAGAGUAAAAAACCACACACAUUAGAUGUAUGACAAAAGGCCAAAAGUCUCAUCAAAUAAUAAUGGUAUGUGGACUAGGAAGUCAUGAAAGAUAAUGUCCAGUGUUGGAUCUGCUGAAGUAAAACAGAGCAAAAUCGGCAGAACGAUAUACAUGUAUACUCAGCAUUAGAUGUAUGGAAUGAAGGACAUAGAAAUGGCAGGAGUAGUGCUGUGAUAUGAUUACAGUCCCGUGUUUACUCAUUAGUAUGCGUGUAUGUCAACAAGUGAACAGCUGUUAUACACUGCCACAUUAUUUCUUACUUUAAAGGUUGUACUAACCAAAACAACUGAAAGAAAAAUAUUCUUUGUGCAGAGCAAAAUUCAAAGUAAAUUUUUGAAGUUUAUUUCAUUUCUUAGUACUUAUUUGGAUUAUAUUACAUGAAUGUGGAAUAAUCCUCAAUUUAUUUUUAAUAAACAAAUUAUUGGCUAAGAAAAAAAUAAUCAAGUGCCAGAUACAUUAGCACGAAAACAUAAGGUUAUUUUCUUUUUACUAAAACAAUUAAAAAGCAUUUGAGGUGAAAGUUGUGAUUGAUAACGAAGAAGACAACUUGAAAAUCAGCAAACUUGUCCAUCUCAUAACCAUAAAUUCUACAAAAAAAUUGUUCUAAUUUAGAAAAAUAUUGAAAUACAAACCCUAUUUAUAAAUAUUUGCACAAAGAAGUAUUAUUUGAUAUGAUACUAGUAUGAGUAUUCACAAAGAUCAAACCAUCUGAAUGAUGUAAAACUUCAUUAUUUAUUGUAGUCAAUACAGUCAAAACUGAAUAGUCUUAUAAUGGUUCUCCAUUCUAAACACUGCCCUGUAUCCUUACGUGUGGUUGUUAUUGAUGUGUUAGAUCUUCAUAUAUCAAUGUUGUCAUUCUAUUACAGCUGUAACCCAAUUCAAAUUUUCUUUUAAACAUUGGUGUUGUGAAAACAUCUAGGCCUAUGAAUUAAACAGUUGGUUAAUAUUGAACAAACAUAUAUUGAACCUGCAGUUGUUAUGUUUUGUUAUAUUAUUUAUCUGGGCCCAGAUUUUAAAUAUUUGUGAGGUUUUUGCCAUAAGAAUGAAUUGGGUAGAAUUAGAUGAUAUUGAUAUGGUAUAAGGAUUUUGAUAAUUACUUAGGCAUAAUGUAUAUAUCCUAGCUGUUGUCUGUUAUAAUACAUUGUUAUGUUAGAGGAUAGAGUACUAUAUUUGGUGAUUUUUUUUCACUGUUGUUUUUUUUCUGACUAUGCAAAUCUCUUACAUGUUGUAAAAUCAUCAUUAUGUCACUGCCUUAGAUUAUGUACAUAAAAUUCUAUAUCUAGCAUAGCUAGAAAUUGUAUAUAAUGUAUUAUUGUACAGAUGUAGCUAAAACCCAUUUUGUAGUUAAAAACUAAACCAUGGCAUUCAUGAUACUCUACAUAAAAUGUUUAUAAGACAAGGUGUUCAGAAGCCCAAUAAUUAGGCAGCAAGUCGUCGUAAGUGGGCAUGUACAUUUUCAUUUCGGGAGUAUCAAAUACUCAAAUUUAAUGGGGACGUGUAUAAUUAUUCCCUAAUCUGUAUUUGUAAAUUUUGAAUCGUGUUAAAUAAAACAUGUUUUUUCUCAUUUUGACAAGGAUCAAAUAUUUUGUGUAGAUUAAUUGGAGACAUUUUUUUGCCAUUUUUUUCCCAUGUAGGUUGUUACAUAUAUAUAUUUAUUAUCUGGGGUGCUUUUACAUUUUUAUUUACAUGUUGUUAUCAGUCAUUUGUUGAAUCAGAUAUUGCAAUACCAAAUUACUGUAUUUUGAACAAAUUGUCACCAUUUUUAUCAUUGCUUUAAUCUCAUCUUUUAUAUUGUGAUCUUUUAUUCCAAUUUAUUCCAUUUUUAUCGUGCUGAUUUUAUUUUUAUUUAUUGCUUGUUGGCUUUUCAACCAAAUUUGUACUUAAGAUAAAUGGCUAUAUUAUAAAUGAAAUCAUUGCUUGCAACAUAUUUUGUCAGGGCAGAAUUAGGCUUUAAUUUUAUAGACAAUGGAAUAGAAAGGAAGAUUAAUUAUAUAGAUCAAAAGACAAAUAAGGGCUCUCACUUGAAAGAACCUGUUUAUAACUAGUUUAUUAUAUUUUAAAAGUCAAAUUGGUUAUCAAAUGAAUUUACUGUCAAUUGCAUUCUUGCUGAAUUGACUACCGUACCUUUUGAAAUGAAAUUUUUGUUCCUGUUCCACAAGUUGUAAACUAUUUUACACCAUUUUGGAUAUGUUUUGUCAUAUUGACACACCAAACAAAAUAUACAGGAAUUUUGCACACUGACAUAAUCAAUGUGUUUUUCAAUUUUAAAAAAUUUUGACCACAAUUUUUUGACAUCAAAUUUUAAACCUUUAAAUAUAAUGUUAGUGGAUUGAUUGUUUAUUGUUUAUGUCAUAGAGUAGAACGGAAGGGGGAUAACUAACUUUGUUUGUUUAUAACUGGACAGAUGACCUUUGACAUAACUUGUUGCUUGUCAUAUCCAUGGUGAUUUGACUACCCAUUAUGGGGACCGACACAAAAUAAAAUUAUAAAACCAUCUU